AUGAUGAUAUUACAUCGAAUCUCUCUCCUUACUCGUUUUCAUAGACGACUGAUUAUAUCGACUCAAGCAAUUCAUAUUGACUCUGAUCCAAAUGAAAAAAUUAUUCCCUUAUCUAAGUUUGAUUUAAGUAAACCAUUAAUUGGACGAACUAAUGCUGAACAAACUGCUAUUUCAUUACUUAGUCCCGAUAUGCCUGCUGAUGCUGAACUUCUCAAAGUAGCUAUUAUUGGAACACCCAAUGCUGGUAAAAGUACAUUUGUAAAUCGCCUCAUGGGUUGGAGAAUUUCAUCUGUAUCUAAACGACCACAUACAACCCGACAUCGAACUACAGGAGUUUUAACUGAUGCAAAUAAACAAAUUGUUUUUCUCGAUACACCUGGUUUUGUUGCACCAUGGCGAAAAAAACGACAUAACCUUGAAAAAUCUAUGAUUCUCGAUCCUCACUCAUGUCUAUGGGAUGCUAAUCUAAUUUGUGUGGUACAUGAUGUUUCAAAUCAUUGGUUACGUUUUAAACUUGAUGAAGAAAUACUAAAAUGUCUUUAUGCACAUCCUGAUAAAGAAGCUAUUCUUAUUCUUAAUAAAGUUGAUUCUGUAAAACGUAAACGAAUGUUAUUAGAUGUAACAACUGUACUUACAGAUGGUUCACUUAAUGGAAUUCCCUAUCGUCUCGAUUCACCAUAUCAUCGUAAUGGUGAACUUGAUAUGGAACGUUUAUUUCUAAAAACAGCUCAUGAAAUGAAUAUUCCAUUACCAAAAAGCGAAAAUGAUUUAAAGAAAGAACAUCUAUUAGCUGAUAUGAAAGAAUAUGAAAAAAAAUUACUAAAUAUUCAAUUAGAAAAUGUUAAUCUUGAUUUAGAAGAAAAUCAAAUUAAAGAAUUAAUAUCUCAACAUGAAGAAAAAGGAUUAACAUUAGAAAAUCUUUCGGAUGAUGUGCCUUCUCAUAUUCCAUAUAAAUCAAUAAAAGAUAUUAGUCCAAUAGAAUUAAAAAAAGAUUUAAUGGAAACAACAAAUUGGCAUUUAUAUUAUAAAAAAUUAUCUCAAAUUCGUUUGUUUACACAAGAUCGUUCAACAUGGCCAUAUUUUAAUCAAGUAUUUAUGAUUUCAGCGAAACAAAAUCGUGGUAUAGCUGCUGUUCGAAAAUAUCUUUUCUCACGAACAAAAGCAGCUCCAUGGAUGUUUCAUCGAAAUUUUGUUACUGAUCAAUAUCCACAAGAAAUAGCAGAAUUAUGUAUACGUGAAAAGAUGUUAGAAUAUUUGCCGGAAGAAAUUCCAUAUAGUUAUCUUAUGACAAAUGAACGAUGGGAAUUAGAUGAGAAUGAUAUUCUUAAUAUGACAUUUCUAGUUUAUCCUCGUGCUAAACAAUUGAAACGUGAUGUUAGUGUAUUAUUAAAAAAUCAUGGUGAAGCAAUAAAAUUAAUUAGUACGGAAGCUGAAAAAUCGCUUUCCACAACAUUUCGUUGUGAAGUUAAAUUGAAAUUAAUUGUUAAAACUACUCAUGAAUAA